AUGUUCGCUGUCAACGACGAAGCUACGUUCACUGACGACAACAGCUUCGUGACGCAGUCUUCCCGCAGUGGAAAUCUCUAUCGCCGACGACAACGUCUUCGCAACGACAAAAACUUCAUGACGGGAUCUCCCCGUGAUGACUCGGUCGUGUCGAGAGAAGGAGAGAGAGUCGAUAGUCGGCGAGCUUCGUGGUGA